AUGUUUUACGGAAAAGUAAUUAAAGAAGACGAAACCGUCAUACCUGAGAUUAAGGAUGGAUAUUCCGUUAUUCACUUAUCAAGAGCAUGUUUAAAUAACCCUGAAGAUGAAGGAAAGCUAUAUGUACAAGUAGAAGAUGCUAAUGGAUGUUAUAACAUUUGCUGUUUACAAAAAAAUGUAUGUGAAGAUACAGCAUUGGAUAUAUUUUUAAUGCUAGAUAACGAAGUAAAAAUAAAAACUAGUGGUAGUAAGAAUGAAGUUCAUAUUGUUGGUUAUUAUGAAGUGUCAUUUGGACAAGAUCAUUUAGAUGACGAGAAUGAGGAAGAUGAAGAAGAGUUAGAAGAUGAGGAUGAUGAAUAUGAAAAUGAAGAAGUUAGAAUGUUAACAAGAAAAAAUACACUAAAAAAUUCUCUCUCUAAUGGAUUUGGAAAAAAAAAAAAAAAAGCUUCUGCAGAUGAAGAUGAUGAAACAAAUGUAGGAAAUAAUGAUGAUGAAGAAGAUGAUGAAGAAGAUGAUGAUGAAGAUGAAGAAGAUGAUGAAGAUGACGAAGAUGAUGAUGACGAGGAUGAGGAGGAGGAGGAGGAUGAGGAAGAUGAGGAAGAUGAGGAGGAUGACGAUGAUAAGGAAGAUGAGGAAGACGAAGAUGAAGAAGACGAAGAUGAAGAGGGUGAAGACGACGAGGAUGACGGCGUAACUAAAAAUAAAGGAGAGAAAAAAAAAAAUGGACCAAAAAAAAACAAAAAUAAAAGAUCAUUAGAUAACAAAAAUGAUGGCCCAUCAAAAAAAUCCAAAUUAUUUGAUGAAAAUCAGUACGAAAAAGAUCUCGUCGCGUUUUUAAAAAAAAAUGGAAAAUGCAAAUUACCUGAAUUAGGAAAAGUCAAGAAACCACAAGGACUCAAAAUGAAAUUAGGCUUCUUUAUUAAAAAGCAUUCCAAUGUGUUUAAAUUUGAUGCCGAUAGCCAGGUCGUUUCUCUGAAGAACAAUUGA